CCAUGAUGUUCCGGGACCAGGUGGGGAUCGUGGCCGGGUGGUUCCGGGGCUGGAGCGAGUGCGAGCAGACGGUGGCUCUGCUGGCGCUGCUCAAGCGGGUCACGAGGACGCAGGCCCGGUUCCUGCAGCUCUGCCUCGAGCACUCCCUGCAGGACUGCCCCGACAUCCACCGGCGCGAGGCCGAGGCCAACAGUGCCGCUGCCAUCUCGCAGUGGCCCCAGGAGCCGGCCGAGGCCGCCGUGUCCCUGCUGCUGUCCCACCUGCCGCUGCUGCAGCCCGGCAACGCGGCGGCCAAGGCCGAGUACAUGAAGCGGCUGCAGAAGGUGCUGGCGGAGGCCAUCGAGAGCAACCGCUGCGUGGAGGAGAGCCGGCAGCUGCUGUCCUACGCGCUCAUCCACCCCGCCACCACGGCCGACGACCGCAGCGCGCUGGCCCUGUGGCUCGGCCACCUGGAGGAGCGCCUGGCCCCCGGCGCCGCCCCCCCGCGCCGUCCCCCCGCCCACGAGUGGCCCCCCGAGCACCCCACCGAGCCGGGCGGGGCCUGGGCGGAGCCCCCCGGGGGUGGGGCGGCCCCACCCCGCGAGAACGGGCACCCCGCGUACCACGGGGCGGGGGGAGCCCUGCCCUGCCAGCUGCACCCCAGCCCCCUGAAGCGCUCGCUGUCGCUGGUGCCCGGCAGCCCCCAGCCCGGCCAGGGGGGCGAGUGGGCAGGGGGCGGGGGCCCCGAGGACCCCCCCGCGGCCCCCAGGGCCCCCCCCCCGUUUGGGGAACACGCCCCCCUGUCCCCCCAGAGCAGCGUGGCCUCGUCGGGCAGCGAACACACGGAGGAGCCCGGCGGGCGCAACUCCUUCCAGGAGGACGGCAGCGGCAUGAAGGACGUCCCCUCGUGGCUCAAGAGCCUGCGGCUGCACAAGUACGCGGCGCUGUUCGCCCAGAUGAGCUACGAGGAGAUGAUGACGCUGACGGAGCAUCACCUGGAGUCACAGAACGUCACCAAGGGCGCCCGGCACAAGAUCGCCCUGAGCAUCCAGAAGCUGCGGGAGCGGCAGAGCGUCCUCAGGGCGCUGGAGAAGGACAUCCUCGAGGGGGGCAACCUGUGGACGGCGCUGCAGGAGCUGCAGCAGAUCCUGGUGACCCCCAUCAAGGCCUUCCGGCCCCCCCCCGCCACGCCUCCCCCUCCCGGGACCCCCGACGGGGCCCCUCCGGGACCCCCCCCCGACACCUUUGCCCCCCCUCCGGCCCCCGACGCCGAGGCCCCUGCGGCCCCCGUCCCUGACGGGGACAUCCCGGGGCAGUUCACCCGGGUCAUGGGCAAGGUGUGCACCCAGCUCCUGGUGUCGCGGCCGGACGAGGAGAACAUCACCAGUUACCUCCAGCUGCUCGAGAAGUGCCUGAGCCACGAGGCGUUCACGGAGACGCAGAAGAAGCGGCUCCUGUCCUGGAAGCAGCAGGUGCUGAAGCUGCUCCGCGCCUUCCCCAAGAAGGGGCCCCUGGAUGGCCCGCCCGGCUACCGGCCCCCCAAGGGCUGGGCCUUCGGCUCCAACUCUCUCCCCAUAGCUGGCUCUGUGGGGGGGGGGGGCGGCGGGGGGGGGCAGGAGGGGUCUCUUCUCCCCCCUGGGGGUCUGUUUUGGGGGGUCCCCUCUGCUCUGACCCCCCUGUUGCCCCCCCAGAGCCUGUGGUUCAGCGCCGGGGGGGGCCCGGGGGGGUCCCCCGGGGGUCGCAGCGCCGUGCAGAGAACCCACUCCCUGCCCGUGCACAGCUCCCCACAGGCCCUGCUCGCCUUCCCACAGGAGUGCCCCCUCCCCGGCACCGACCUGGAGAUCAACCCCACCCUGGAGUCGCUGUGUCUGAGCAUGACCGAGCACGCGCUGGGGGAUGGCACAGACAAGACCUCCACCAUCUGAUGGCGCUGCCCCCCCCUCCCCAAACCGGGGGGGCACCUCCUUAACACCCCCCUCCUCCUGCCACCCCCCCGUGCCCCCCCCGGGGGGGGUCCCCAAAACAUCUGGGGUGGGGUGGGGGGGGGUAAAACCCUUCCUCCCCCCUCGACUCCCCCCCCACGGCCAGGGGGGCUCGGGGGGUCCCCGGUGAGGGGGGGGCUCCCCCAGGCCGAUGACCUUGCGAGGGGGGGGGGGCCAUGACACUACAGGGGGGGUUUUUGGGGGGGUUUGUUGCGUUUUCGCCGUUUUAAGGAUCCCGGAAUUUGGGGGUUUGUGGGUUCAUUUUCCCCCUCUUUUAUUAUUAUAUUAUUAUUAUUAAUAUUAUUUCUGUUCCAGCCCCCCCGGGGGGUGGCGGGGGCGGGGGGGGGGACGACACCCCAAAUUUAGGUACAGGCUGAGCCCCCCCCCCCAACCCGGGGUUGGGGGUGCCCCGGGCCCCCCCCCCCCGGUACCCCCCCCCCCCCCCCCUUUGUAGCGCCGCGGCCCCGAAAUAGAAAAAAAUCGUUAUUUUAGAUACAUUUUAUUAUGAAUCCUUUUGUUAUGAUAUGGCUGGUAACCAUGAACGUUAUUAAACACAAAAAACACCCACAA